UCCACAUCCCGCGGGUCGGGGAAAUCCACUCGGGGCCCGCCAGUCACCCUGUUGAGGACGGUCGGGGUGUGCGAUAAUAACGACACUUCACACGACACUUCACACUCCUUCAUUCCUCUUCACUACCUUCUAUCCACCUCUCCCGUCCCAGGUUGUCAUCAUGACCACAAAGGCAGAGCCGAAGCCUCUCCCCUUCAUCUACCAGUUCGCGGCUGGUGCCGUGGCCGGUGUGUCUGAAAUUCUGGUCAUGUACCCGCUGGAUGUUGUCAAGACCCGAGUACAACUUCAGACUGGCAAGGGAACGGGCGAGGAGGCAUACAGUGGCAUGGUGGACUGCUUCAGAAAGAUCAUCAGGAAUGAAGGCUUCUCGCGGUUAUACCGUGGUAUCUCGGCUCCUAUAUUAAUGGAAGCCCCCAAGCGGGCAACCAAGUUUGCAGCCAAUGACUCCUGGGGCGCAUUCUAUCGCGACGUCUUCGGCCAGGCCAAGAUGAACCAGUCCCUGUCUAUCCUCACGGGCGCCACAGCUGGCGCAACCGAAGCCUUCGUCGUCGUGCCCUUUGAGCUCAUCAAGAUCCGGUUGCAGGACAAGGCCCAGGCGCACAAGUACAAUGGCAUGGUGGACUGCUUCAUGAAGACCGUCAAGCAGGAGGGGCCUCUUACCUUGUACCAGGGUCUCGAGUCGACCAUGUGGAGACACAUUCUUUGGAACGCUGGUUACUUUGGAUGCAUCUUCCAGGUCCGCGCUCUGCUGCCCAAGGCGUCGGACAAGAAGGGUCAGAUCACAAACGAUCUGUUGUCGGGUGCGAUUGGAGGAACCGUCGGCACCAUUCUGAACACGCCCAUGGACGUGGUCAAGUCGCGCAUCCAAAAUACGCCCAAGGUUCCCGGAGUUGUGCCCAAGUACAACUGGGCAUGGCCGGCUCUCGGCACGGUCAUGAAGGAGGAGGGAUUCGGAGCGCUGUACAAAGGCUUCAUCCCCAAGGUGCUCAGACUGGGCCCUGGUGGAGGCAUCCUGCUCGUCGUCUUCACCGGUGUCAUGGACUUCUUCCGGAAGGUGCGGGGCGACGCGUUGUAAGGAAUCCCAGACGGGCGCAUGGUCGGCGUUGGAUGUUCUAGCCGGUGGGAUCUUUGUUCGACUUCUAGCCCUUUCGUUUCGAGCAUAGCAUAUGCAUGGUUCAAAACGAUAUAGACUGUACGGACGUACCGUACGCACGUACAUGCUCUAGGCCUACGCCCUUAGUGUACGGACAGCACGGAUCCUCUCACAUUUCAAUCAGCUGGUACCAUUGACUUCUGCAAGCCACGCGUCCCCAAGUCCUCUUCUCUUUUCAAUGCUUCGGCAAUCUCAUUGUUGGACGCUGUUCAGCUCCGACCUGCCAGCCACAAGAGAGUCCAGAAUCCCCGCCUAGCCAAUUGGGAAGCUCCCUGAUUCAUGUUCAUGUGUGAUUC